CUCUUUCUCCCGGCUACCCGGCAUCCUUUGCAAAGUGGCAACGUAAGCCGGUCGUGGCAAAGGCGGCGCCUGCGCAGUGAAAGGCGUUAUAAAAAAAAAAAAAAAAAAAGAGCCGGCUGAGAGGUUUUUUUUCCACCCGGCCGGUUGACGGACUGACGGCAAACGGUGGUUCGCUCGCCCGACUCCGGAGUAGCCGCUUUGCCCUUUUCGCCUAGUCGGGACCAUGGCAAGUCCAAGAACAAGGAAAGUCCUUAAAGAAGUCAGAGUGCAAGAUGAAAACAAUGUUUGUUUUGAGUGUGGUGCAUUUAACCCCCAGUGGGUGAGUGUGACCUAUGGAAUCUGGAUCUGUCUGGAGUGCUCGGGAAAACAUAGAGGCUUGGGAGUUCACCUGAGUUUUGUGCGCUCUGUCACAAUGGACAAAUGGAAAGACAUCGAAUUGGAGAAAAUGAAGGCUGGCGGUAACCUUAAAUACCGAGAAUUUUUAGAGUCUCAAGAUGAUUAUGAUCCUUGCUGGUCGUUGCAAGAGAAGUACAACAGCAGAGCUGCGGCACUCUUCAGAGAUAAGGUGGCCGUCUUAGCUGAAGGUAAAGAAUGGUCCAUUGAAACUUCUGCUGCUCGGAAUUGGAGUCCUCCGCAGCCCAAGGUUGCUUUGUCCUCAGCUCAUCGCUCUGGAGGGCAACCGCAGAAUGCCGGCCCCACUUCUGAUAAAGCAUUUGAAGACUGGCUGAACGACGACGUUGGUUCCUAUCAAAGCGGCCAAGAAAAUCGCUAUGUCGGGUUUGGGAACACAGUCACUCCUCCAAAAAAGGAAGAUGACUUCCUGAACAACGCCAUGUCUUCUCUCUACUCGGGCUGGAGUAGUUUUACAUCUGGAGCAAGCAAGUUCGCUUCAGCAGCUAAAGAGGGUGCUAGCAAGUUUGGAUCUCAAGCAACUCAAAAGUUUUGGGGCCAGAAACAGCAGGCAGAGCCGGCUUCAGAGUUAGGUCAGAGUUUAAGUGAAAAUGUUCUCAAACCUGCACAGGAAAAGGUGAAAGAUGGAAAAAUUUUGGACGACGUUUCCCAGGGAGUCUCGCAUUUUGCUUCCAAGGUCCAGGGAGUAAGUACUAAAAGCUGGCGAGAUAUGACCACUUUUUUUUCUGGAAAACCAGAUGGGUCCUCUGAAAGGCCCCCGGAUACAGAGAGCUACCAGAACAGUAAAAGCGACGGCUACCAGAACAACACCGCGGAGCAGAGCUUUUGGGAGACCUUCGGCAAUUCAGACCCACCCAAAACCCACAAGUCCCCAAGCAGCGAUAGCUGGACGUACGUGGACAAUUCGAUGGAGAAGAAGAGCUCCGACAGCUGGGAUGUUUGGGGCUCAGGUACCGUUUCCAACAACAAGAACAGUAAUGGUGACAGCUGGGAAAACUGGGAGACCAACUGGGAGAACGCCGCCGGGGAGGGCAAAGCCAAAAAGACUGCCAAGAAGACCCCUAAAGAAGCCACUUCAGCUCCUGAAGACGAAUGGGACAAUCACAACUGGUAGGACUCGUUCUCUCACCAGUAUAGCGGAAGUCGGGGUGGGGGGAGGGGAAAAUAUCACACCUCCGAUGGAAGAAUCUCCCACAUAACUGGACUAACCGACAUCCUUCGACGGGAGCCUCUUUAAACCCCGCGCCUGCUGUUCCAUUCUCUUUCCACUUCCUGUUUACAACCACCGUCGUAUCAAAAAAAACCAAAACCACGUGAGUUUGCGGAUUCUUGUAAUUACCAUACGAAGAGCCAAAUCACCGUCACGGAAAUGACCGUCGCGUCAGUUAUAUCCUCGCCGUGGGGUUUGCCCAGCUUCCUUAAAACCUGAGAAUCUUCUGGAAGAAGCAACUCCAUGCCAGCCUACCAUCCCAGCACAACGUUCGCAUGUGUCGUUCGGCAUACUCGCACAACAUCUUUUGGGGGGGGGGACUUCGGCUGAUGUUUCGGAGGACUUCUGGGUAGUCUUGAUACGUGGGGCGGGGUGGGUGGGUAGGGAGGGCUAUUUUAGCCAAGUAACAUAUUGUGACAGAGAUGGGAUGGCUUGCAAUUGAGCCAAAAUAUAUUAUUUAAGAUAUUGUAGAAGAAAUUGUAGAUGGAUCCAAGUUUAUUUAAGGGUGUUUUUUUGUUUGUUUGUUUUUAAGGACGCUGUCCGCUUAAUAACUUCAGUUACUUAGAAGGAAACAAACAGCAUUUCUAAAAGCUUUUUUUUAAAAAAAAAAAUCCCGUUCUUAGCUUUAGCUGCUUUCAACAGGUGUGUGUAAGAUUCCUCAUCCUUUCUUCUUUUUUCCCCCACACCCUUAUACAUUAAAUUAAAUCUCCUGUAUUUUUUUUUUCUCCAUUUAAGGUUCCAUACGUUCCUCAAUUUUAGCAUAAUUGCUGGAUACAAACAAUGAAGGAAAAACAGACAGGAUAGGUGACAAUUUUUCAAAACGGGACCCGCCAAUGUCAAAAGCGAACAUUUUUUUAUAACCAAACAAAUAAUUUGGAACUUCGCUCUUAUAAAAUUUCGUUUAUAAGAUUCCGCGUUAGAUUUCCAGCUUACUCUUUCCCUUCCGCUCCCCCCUGUGCCCGGAAGGAGACUACUGAAAAAUAACCCGAUUGCAAUGUUUAUCAUUCUGAGCUAUGCUGCAUGAAUUUGAGAAGAAGAAGAAGAAAAAAAAAAGUAUCCAGUAUCCUUUUCUACAAGGUCUGAUGUCAAUUCUGUUUUUGGUGCUUGUGAUCAGUUAGAUUGUUUUUUUUUUAAAAAAAUAAUCUAUGUGUAUUUAAAUACUGCAGUGUUAGACCACUAAGACGCAGGAAACACUGAAUCGUGGUAUAAUUGGCUGGAUGUCACAACGAGGCUUUUCAGGAACCAGGAUGAAAAUCUGGUGUCUUUAUCUAAGAAAAACCUUUGGCUUGGCUAAUGAACUGUGUGAUUUCUGAGCGCCUGGAUACUUGGAACGUCCAGUUUCUCAGAAUUUAGCUGAAAUCGUCUGCUGUAUAUAAACUGUGUGUGUGUAUAUCAGGGCACAUGGGUAAACACACGGAGAUCAUGAAGUAUUAAUAGUUUCCUACAAUUUUUAUGUAAUGUUCAAUAUGUCAGUAUCUUAUCUUGUGAAGAAAUAUGAAGUACUUGAUCUGAUUGUGUGGUACUUUUCGCUGGUUUUUUUUUUUUUAAUUGCUAGCAAAAUUUCUCCUCUUCUCUGGUGAUUUUUGCUUCCCCGGUCUCUGGUCCCAGUUUUCAUUCCCUUUGGGCUUUCUAAUCAGACUAAGGUGGUUAGGUUGUCUGUGCCUCUUUUCAAGAAUAUGCUUUCUUUUUUUCUGCCAAACUUUGGAGAUUUUGUGACCUCAUAAAAACCGCACCUUACUUUCUGUUUUCUUUUUUAAAAAAGUGUGUCUCAGCAUAGAGUUGGCUAUUUCUUUGGCUGAUUUGUCCGUUUUUCCUAGCGGCACGUGAGUUUUUAUUUUUCUUCAUUUUCUGUUUCCUGGAUUUCUCUUAGAAACUUCAUCGUGUAUUUUGCGUGGGAGAGCGAGCAUCGGUUUCUACCUUAAUUUUGCUCAUCUACUCUAUAUGCUGUUUAAAAAUCAUUGAGCUAUGGAAUUCAAGGACAUACUUGAACUCGCUGUCUCUCUUAAUGUAUAUUUUACCUCACAGAAGAUUUCUUCAUCUCCUUAAACCAGCAUUUCUCAACCUUGGCAAGUUUAAGAUGGGCAUGGACUUCAACUCUCAGGAGAGCAGAGCUGGCUGGGGAAUUCUGGGAGUUGAAGUCCACCCAUCUUAAAUUUGCCACGGUUGAGAAACAUUGUCCUAAACUCCUUGCAUAAAAACAUAUUUAUUUUUAAAGCACCCAAUUCUGGGUUAUAGCCAGGGUGGAUAAAAAUCAAUGAUUUUUUUAAAAAAAAUCAAAAAAAUCAGAUUUUUUUUAUUUAAAUUGGAUUUUUUUGAUUUUUAUCGAAUUUAUUUUAAUAAAAAACUUUUGGGGUCAAAAUCUAUCGUAAGAUAGUUUUCUAUUUAAGAUACAUAAAUAAUUUAGUUUAUUCAGCAUGAAAUGGAGCUUAGUUAUGUAGCACGAGGCUGUAUAUUCUGCAACACUGGGACUAUCGGUGAGUCAACAGUGGGUCAAAGGAGUAGCAGAGAUGACAGCUGCUCUUUAAAAAUUAUGAUUUAAAUCGAGUUGAUUUAAAUCAAGCCUUUUUACUAGUGAUUUAAAUAAUGAUUUAAAUUGUGAUUUAAAUCAACUUGAUUUAAAUCAAAUCCACCCUGGUUACACUUAGCGGUUUCUCAGUUCUGUAGCUUGCUGCCUCUAUGGAAGAAAAGGCACCACUCUUGAUGUCAUAAGAAAUGCAUCAUAGGUUUCCAAGAUAGUUCUUUUUCAUAGCCACCUACCAUAGCAACACUUCGAUCAACAAAAUCUUUUUAAGAAAUUGAGUUAUAAAUAGAUAAACCAGAGAUCCGAGUUAUCAAAUUUCAAAUUUAAUCGUACGGGAUUUCCCAAGUGGCCUACAUAACCAAGUGACAUGUAUUUGAACCUAUCUUAUUUAUUUAUUUAUUUUGUGACAUUAUUGGAGGAGAGAAAAAAAAAAAAACCUAGGGGUUUUUGCUACUAUAAUUCUAUGUAGCAGGUGUCAGCAACCUGUGGCUCCAGAGCCGCAUAUGGCUCUUUGGGCCCUCUGCUGUGGCUCCCUGUCGGGUGAUCUCACCACUGGCUGGCCCCUCCCCUCCCAGUCACUCCUCGCCUGGCCUGAGGUAAGGGCGAUGGCGGGGGAUGGAGAAGCAGGCGAGGCAGAGACAGAGAGAUUACAGAAGAGAGGGGGAGGGAGGGAGAGAGAGAUGUGAAAAGGGUUUUGUGGUUCUCGGUGUUUUUUAACAACCAGUUCUCUGCCCUAAUGACAAGCUGGGUAGGCGUGGCUAGGGAGUGAUCAUGUGACUGGUGGAAAUGAAUGACAUUGAGUUGGCCACGCCCACCCAGGUUUUGUGGCUCACCAUGUUUUCUGUGGGAAACAGGUCCAAAUGGCUCUUUGAGUGCUUAAGGUUGCAGACCCCUGCUAUAUAGUAAAGAGAGCAAUUUAAGUAGGAUCAUCUACCUUGGAGUUAAGAAAUAGACGCUGCAGAGCUCUUCUGCAUGGCUCGCGAUUUAUAUCUUCAGUUUAGUACAGUAAAGAAACUCUGAUUCAGCCUUCCCCGGCCUCACGCCCUCCAGAUAGCUAUCCGGUGUUCGUUGGGCUGUAGCGGAAAUUGGUUUAACUCCGCCAGAAGGCGUUAAAUUACGGAAGGCUGCCGUCAAACUCGACUGAAACCAAAACCCGACAUCGGUAUGUUUCCGAACCGUUUUCUUCCAUUGCACGUUGCUGAGAAUGCAACCCUGUAUAUAGAGCUAGAGUUGAUGACUUGAGAUCUCUCAUUUAUACUCUUGCUGCGGUCUCUUUAAUUUCCCUUAAAAUUCUCCCAUCUUUUCCCUGUCUUCCAUGGUAGGCAUUUAUAUGUAUGGCUGUAGUCAUUCGUACAAUAACUCCCCAUGUCAGGGAGCGUCCUCCACUUAAUUGAAUCCCGAAAGGAAGAUAUUGAAGUGUACCUAAUAUCACGUCCGUGAGCUCGAUUGGGAAAUCAGAAACGCUUCAUAGAAGCACAGUGGUGGCAAACCUUCUAUUUUCCGCACUAAGGUUUAAAUCUGGCAAAUUCUGGGAGUUGAAGGCCACAAGUCUUAAAGCUGCCAAGUUUGAAGACCUCUGGUUUAAAUGAAUGGAAAUGGUAGGCCUCCAUCUCUAGAAGAUGCAGGAUGUUCAAGGGUCAAAGCUUUUGACAAAUGUAACUAGAUCUUAACCUCCUUCCUCUCCUGGUUGGAAUAACUGGUCAGUAGAUUUUUUUUUUGUUCUGUUUCUUUUUCAGAAGAAAGCUGGGUUGUGGGAUAUAUGCGAUUCUUUCCGACUGUACAGUUUUGACAGUCCUUCGCAAAGGGCUGCUGAGUUAUGUUCCUUUGUUUUGCAAAACGGUACUGAACCUGAGCCGACAGUGUCAUCUCAAAGAGAAACAAUAAAGUCAGAGAAAUGGAACAAAGCCAUUCCGACAUCCUCAUAAGUGGCUUCACGUUGCUUUGACAUUCACGUUUGCAUUUUGCACAGAAAUGUGAGUUGCAUCGGUGGGAGCUUCCAUGUUCUUUUUGGUUUGGGUUUGUCUCUAAGCAGGGACGCGGUGGCUCAGUGGCUAAGACGCUGAGCUUGUCGAUCGAAAGUUCAGCGGUUUGAAUCCCUAGUGCUGCGUAACGGGCUGAGCUCCCGUGACUUGUCUCAGCUUCUGCCAACCUAGCACUUCGAAAGCACGUAAAAAAUGCAAGUAGAAAAAUAGGGACCACCUUUGGUGGGAAGGUAACAGCGCUCCGUGCACCUUUGGCAUUGAGUCAUGCCGGCCACAUGACCACGGAGACGUCUUCAGACAGCGCUGGCUCUUCGGCUUUGAAAUGGAGAUGAGCACUGCCCCCUAGAGUCAGGAACAGCUAGCACAUAUGUGCAAGGAGAACCUUUAUCUUUACCUUGUCCCUAACCUCAAUCUUGGUUAAUGCAUUAGGCCUUUGUUUGUUUGUUUUUUGGGUAUUGACUUUAUUAUUUUUCCAAAUAAUUCAAGGUGGCAAACGUAUCCAGCACACCUUCCCCUUUCUCUUUGCUCCACAACAACAACCCUGUGAGGUGGGUUGGGGCCGAGAGAGAGUGACUGGCCCAAAGUCACCCAGCCGGCUUUCAUGCCUAAAGCGGGAUUAGAACUUGCACUCUCCAAGUGAUUGGCCCAAAGUCAACCAAUUGGUUUUCAUGACGAAAGGGGGACUAGAACUCUCCGUCUCCUGGUGAUUGGCCCAAAGUCACCCAGAUGGCUUUCAUGGCUAAGGUGGGACUAGAAUUCACCGUCUCCCGCUUUCUAGCAUUAAUAACUUGACAAAACGGGAUCUCCACUUGAGAAGGAAGGGGUGUUCUCCAAUAAAACAAUUGUCUUGCAUUGGAAAAAAAAUAACCUCAUAGCAACUUUACAAGAUGUAGUGUUGGUUGUAUGCCAAGUUGAGGACAGGCUCUGGGAGAUUUUGCAGACCCAUAAGCUGAGGAGACUUUAGAAGAUCGGCUUACGAAGAGAAUUUGAAAAAAAAAAAUCCACUAAAAAAUAAAAUAAAAUCGCAAGGUGACGAUACGCCUCCCGCUUUCAAAUACCAUCGAUGGUUUCUAAAAGUUGGUGGAGGGAUAAUUCAACCUGUUCUGAAAAUUUAGACCAGUGUUUCUCAACCUUGGCAACUUGAAGAUGAAUGGACUUCAACUCCCAGAAUUCCCCAGCCAGCUAUGCUGGCUGGGGAAUUCUGGGAAUUGAAGUCCAUUCAUCUUCAAGUUGCCAAGGUUGAGAAACACUGAUUUAGACCAACUUAUAAGAUGAACCUACCCCACUGUAUAUCGAGGGGGGCUGUGUGGAGAGGGUUUCUUCUUUUAAAUUCUUGGAGGUGCUUAUUAGUCAAAAUCUCACCUGGAAAAACAACACGUCCCUUGGUGAUUGGCAAGGCCCAAAAGAGACUUCAUUUCCUUAGAGUCCUGCGACAAAAUCAGGUGGAACAACAGCUGAUGACCUCUUUCUAUCGGUCCACGAUAGAAAGCGUCCUCACGUACUGCAUUGAAGUACGGUACGCUGGUUUAACUGCUGCGGACAGGAAGGCACUACAGAGAGUGAUCAAUUCGGCACAAGAAAUCAUUGGUCGCACUCUUAACACACCACUGGAUGACAUCGCCAGGUCUCUCGCUGCUUUAGCAGACUAAGGCAGAUACUCAGAGAUGAUUCAUACCCUGGUCUGUGUCUCUUCGCACUUCUACCAUCAGGCAGAAGACAUCGAAGCAUAGCCAGCCGAACAAAUAGGUUUAAUAAUAGUAUCUAUCCUUGGGCCACAAUCACUCCACGCACACGCAGAAAUGUAUGACUAGUUUUUCUUUUUUCCCUAAUGACUUGCAUAGGGAUUAUUCUUUAUACUAUUUUAUGUUGUUUGUAUUUUUUUUUGUCAUGGAUUGCACCAGUGAGUCUAAAACCAAUUUUGUUGUAUAGAUGAUGUACAAUGACAAUAAAGGCUAUACUAUAAGAUGU